GAAAAUAAUUAUUUUUUGUUUUCCAAGGUUUGGUCUAAAAUGCGUAUUUUAUCCUUCGAUGUUUACGUCUGAGUGGAAAGGGGGAGGCACGGAUGUACAGUGAUUGUCUUGUGAGGAGAAUUCCUGUAUUAUUUGUAUAUUCUUGGUAGUAGAUCUCUUCGAGAAGCAAGCCGAGGCGUCGACGACGCGCCAGUCGCUCUGACCUGACUGAAGAUGCAGUGCACUUGCGCUGCAGCAUAAUUUGAUAAUGAUGUGAUUUCAUCAAAUUUGACAUUGAAGUUGGCUUUCUGAGGACAGACUUCAAGAUGGCUGGAGGGUCACAAGCUGAUUGGAGGGUGACAGGUGAUGAGCGAGUCAAGCAUGAUGCACAGUUCUUUACACUGAAGCCUGUUAAUGGAUUUAUCAGUGGGGAACAAGCGAAAGGAUUCUUCAUGCAGUCUGGGCUUGCCACUGCUGUUCUGGGUCAGAUAUGGAAUCUGGCAGAUAUCAACAACGAUGGGAAAAUGGACAAGAAAGAGUUCUCCAUUGCCAUGCACUUAAUCAAAAAGAAACUGCAAGGCUAUGAGCUUCCCAAGACAUUGCCUGCAUCCCUGAAAGCUGACCCAAGCCCUGUGAUAGGAUCUUUUGGAGCACCUGCCCCCAUGGCAGCACCCAUGGGGGGAAUGGGUAUGGGAAUGGCCAUGGGGCCAGGUAUAGGAAUGUCCCAUGGCAUGGGGAUGCCCCCUGUGGCUAUGGGGAUGGGGCCAGGUGUAAUGGGUAUGCAGCCUGGAAUGCACAAUGGUCUGCCCCAGACAGGCUAUUCGACCAUGCCAGGAGGGUUUGGUGCAGCUCCUAGCACUGGAUUUGGCCCAGCAAAACCAAGAACAGACUCAUUUGGUGCUGGUGCAAGACCUGCUGGAGAUUGGUCCAUGUUGCACCAAAACAAACUGAGGUUUACACAGAUGUUCAACAUGCAUGACAGAAACAAGAGAGGAUUUUUGACAGGAGUUGAGGCUAGAGCAAUACUGAUGCAGUCUGGACUACCCCAGCCCAUCCUGGCUCAGAUUUGGACACUUUCAGACAUUGACAAUGAUGGGAAGCUGACAUGUGAUGAGUUCUGUAUAUCCAUGCACCUGACUGAGCAGGCUAAGGCUGGUCGCCCCCUGCCCUCCAAACUCCCCCCAGAGCUGAUGCCCGCCAGUGUCAAGUCUCGCACCGGUAGCUUCAGUGGGCCGGUCAUGGGCUUUCAGCCAGCCCACAGUCAGCAGCAGAUACAUGUACAGAGUAUGCCAGCGACAUUUGAAGACAAGAGAAAAGAGAACUUUGCCAAAGGUCAGGCUGAGUUAGAUCGUCGUCGUCGUGAGCUUCAAGACCAGCUGAGACGAGAAGAAGAAGCUCGCCUGGAGAAGGAAAGACAAGAGGCAGAGAAAAGAGAACGACAGAGAUUGGAAAGGGAGAGGAAGAAGCAACUCGAAUUAGAAAAACAGAUGGAAAAACAGAGAGCCAUUGAAAGGGAACGAGAAGAACAGAGGCAGAAAAUGAUGGAACAGAGAGAGGCUGCCCGUCGUGAAUUGGAACGUCAGCGACAAAUGGAAUGGGAACGACAGAGAAAGGAACAAUUGAUGGCUGAAAAAGUUCGUGAAUAUCAGGAACUGGAAACCAUCAAAUCACAAAAUGCUAACAUUAAAUGUGAGCUUGAAGCUCUGGAUGGUAAAAAGACCGAGAUAGGCACAAAGGUAACUCAGGUGAGGAACGGGGUGUCAGAGAUAACCUCAACCAUAGAGAGGAUGAGACAGUCUCGUGACCUGAAGCUGGCAGACAUUGAGAAGUUCCAGGUUAAGCUACAGGAACUCAGCCAGAAAUAUCUGCUGUUGCAACAAUCAAAAGAGCGUACAAACAUUCAGGUGCAGACCACUAUACAGAGUAACCCCCUGGCUGACACACACAGAACAGUCCAACACAGUAUUGACCACAAGAAGACCACAAUACAGAAACUAAAGAAGGAAUUAGAGCAGAUAGAGAAGACAACAGCCAAAAAGCUUGAGGAAAUAGAUGAGAGUAAUAGCCAGUUAAAGGAGGUGGGAGAAAGAAUAACAAACAUUGACACUGAUAUGAAGCAACUACAGGUCAAACAACAAGAGACGAAACGUAAACAGAUUCUUGAAGCACAAACCCGACAAUCUCAGGAGAAAGAGAAAGCCAAAAUGAAAGAAACAAGUCAAAAACCUAGUCUUAAAAAAGAUAACAGUAAGUCUACAGAUAAGUCUGAUUGGUUUGAUGAUGCGUUCAGCAAGGCCGCCAGUAAGCCCGUCUCUGGUGUUUCUAAUGAUGCCUGGGCUUCAGCGUUUGGAAACAGUUCCUCCACUACACAGAAAGCUGAGGACAAGUGGGCAAAUGCCUUUGGGUCAGAAGCCAGUCCAUCUAAAGCUCCUCUACAAAAGGCAACAAGUGUCAGUGGAGAUAAGACAAAGUACAAGGCACUUUACCAGUUUGAGGCUCGCAAUGCUGAUGAAAUCUCUUUAGCACCUGGGGAUAUUAUUUUGGUGGGAUCCGACCAGACUGGGGCUGAGCCUGGCUGGAUGGGGGGAGAGAAGGAUGGCAAAUUUGGCUGGUUUCCGCAAGCCUAUGUUGAGGUGUACUCAAACACCUCUGCAGAUACCAGUGAUAGGACAAGUGGUGAGCUAGACCGGGCGAGUUCCCAGUCCACAGGCUCGCUGUCAACAUCUGCUGACUCUUCAUUUACAGCUGUACAGGCCAAACCACCCUCCAUGUCACCCACUCCAGAGCAGAGUGAGGCUGCACCAGAGGGUUUAUUAGCACAAGCAUUAUACCCGUGGAAAGCGAAGAAGGAAAAUCAUCUAACAUUUAACAGAGGUGAUGUGAUAUCUGUGAAGGAACAGCAAGAUAUGUGGUGGUCAGGUCAGCUGGAUGGAAGGGUUGGCUGGUUUCCCAAAUCUUAUGUCAAGUUGAUAGGAGGACCUUUGUCAGCAGUUAGCAAAACAAGCACACCUCCUCCAGCUGUGGUGGACCAACCCCUAGAUAAGGUCACUCCUCAGCUUACAACAACAACAGAAACACAGGGAGAAUACUAUGUGGCAAUGUACAACUAUAAAUCUGGGGAGCCAUCAGAUCUGACAUUUGAUGAAGGGGAGGUAAUCGUUGUCACCAAAACAGAGGGAGACUGGUGGACAGGCCACAUUGGUGAACGAUCAGGCAUCUUUCCAGCUAAUUAUGUGAAAAAGACAGAAUUACAGGAGGUGGAGGUGUUAGUGGCUGAGACUGAAGCACCCCAGGCGGCUGUACCCCAGGAGGAGGAGCCCUGCCCCACAGACAUUAAACCUCCUGAUCAACUCCUAUCAGCCAUGGCUCAACCUGCGCAAAUAAUGAAGACAAACAAGAAACCUGAAAUCGCAUCUGUGAUAGCAACAUACACAGCAACAGGGCCAGAGCAGUUGUCCCUGAGUCCCGGUCAGCUGAUCUCUGUGAGGAAGAAAAGUCCCAGUGGCUGGUGGGAGGGAGAACUACAGGCUCGAGGACAGAAGCGGAAGAUCGGCUGGUUCCCGGCUAACUAUGUGAAGUUGUUAGGGUCUUCUAGUGCACGAUCUACCCCUGAUGCUCAACAGACACUAUCUUCCUCACCCCUUACGAUUGUCUCCUCACAGGAACCAGCGAGUAGCAGCACCCCCAUCUCAACCACCCCAGUACCCACUACCACCAGCCAGAACACUGAUGUGGUGGAGCAGGUAAUAGCUCUGUACCCAUAUGAGGCUCGGAAUGAUGAUGAGCUGACAUUCCACAAAGAUACAGUGAUCAACGUGCUGAGUAAGGAAGAUGCCAGCUGGUGGAAAGGCGAGGUGAACGGCCAAGUGGGUGUGUUCCCGAUGAACUAUGUCGGCCCUCUAACAGACAUGGGUGAGGUGAAAUCUGAAGACGCAGCCACAGAAUCUUGGAGGGAUCAUCCCAAGAACACUGAACGGCAGAGACUGAUAGCUGAGCUGAUAUCUACAGAAGAGACUUACAUGGAAGAUCUCUCCACAGUGGUUGAUGUAUUUUAUCGGCCUCUGUCGUCUGUUCUAACGGCUGAAGAACUACAGGCUAUCUUUGUCAACUGGAAGGACCUAAUUAUGUGCAAUACAAAACUUAUAAAGGCAAUGCGGGUCAGGAAGAAAAUGUGUGGCGACCCACAUAACAUUCAGAUGAUAGGAGACAUUUUAUGUGAAAAUCUUCCACACAUGACAACUUAUAUACGUUUUUGUAGUGUACAGUUGAAUGCAGCUGCUCUCUUACAGCAUAAAAGUCAAGAUCCAGAAUUUAAAGAGGCACACAGGCAAUGCAUACAGGACAGUCGGACAAAGAGUAUGCCGCUCAGUAGCUUCCUGUUAAAGCCCAUGCAGAGGAUCACGCGCUACCGGCUGCUGAUUCAGAAAAUUUUAGAUGCGACCCCAGAAUCUCAUCCUGAUCAUCAGAACAUUGUGGAUGCCCUAUCUAAGGCUGAGGAGCUGUGUAACCAAGUGAAUGAGGGGGUGAGGGAGAGAGAUAACUCUGAUAAGCUGGAGUGGAUACAACAACAUGUCCAGUGUGAUGGGCUGGCAGAGAAAAUAGUUUUUAAUUCAGUAACAAAUUGCUUAGGACCAAGGAAAUUUAUAUAUUCUGGGACUUUGUAUAAGGUUAAAAGUAACAAGGAAUUAGUAGCAUUCCUGUUUAAUGACUUUUUGAUACUGACUCAGCCCAUUCGCCCACUGGGAAGUGUAGUCAAGGUGUUCAGUUUCGAUCCCAAGGGGACAACACAAUACCGAAUGUACAGAACACCUAUCUUUUUGAAUGAGGUGAUAGUGAGACGGCCUCCUGAGACGGAGGCAGACCCCUGUGUGUUCCAGAUAUCUCAUAUAGACAGGGUUUACAGUCUCAAGGCUGUCAGCGCUGUGGAAAAAGAGAACUGGAUGAAGCACAUAGAUGCUGCAUCAAGGUCUUAUCUAGACACUGAGAGGAAGAAGAGAGAAAGGGCACAUUCCACACAAAAACGUUCGUUUGUCGUAGGCAGGCUUCUGGUUAUAAUUCUAGAGGGUGUUAACUUGGCCUCCUCUCAUGGCAAUGUGAGGAGAACAGCGGGUGUUGGCCGUCUGCUGGUUGUUAUCCAGGAAGGCUCAGAUCUCAAAAAAAGUGACGAAAAUGGUAAGAGUGACCCUUACUGUGAGGUGAAUAUGGGGUCACAGGAACACAAGACCAAGGUCAUCAACGGCACCCUCAACCCCAAGUGGAACACCUCCAUGCAGUUCACAAUCAAGGAUCUACAACAGGAUGUAUUGUGCAUAACAGUCUAUGAUAGAGACCUCUUCUCGCCAAAUGAUUUCCUUGGACGUACAGAGGUGAGGUUAUCAGACAUCAUGUCAGACAUGCAGAGAAAGAAAGGCCCAUUGACAAGACGCUUAGUUCUCCAUGAAGUGGACAGAGGGGAGGUUGUGGUCAAGCUGGACCUUCAGCUGUAUGAUGGACACUGACCACUUGACUGCAAUGGUCCUCACCCAAACCAGGCUUCCCUCACCCGCUUACAGUGAUAUCAUCCCACAUGUUAACUUAUUGACUGAGCACAUUCCUUCCAGAAUUACCUGGAGAACGAGUCAUUGUAGAGGUAUAUGGCACUUCCAGUAUGUUGAGAAAGCUUGUUAGUGCAGUGUUACUGUGUUACUGGUGCAAUGAGCACUUAUUUCGACAUCACAACGUGGAUUAAAAAGUAAAGACUUGUAUGGCAGUCUCUCAACAGAUGUGUUCAUGGUGGAGCAGAUUCUUAAAUUCAUUGACUGAUGAUGGGACGUGAUGUUUCACAACCGUUUUAAUGGCUAAACAGCCUGAAAGUUUAUUAACUAAGAAGACAUGGCCAUAGACAUCAGAGAUGCUCUCAAGACAAUGUGCAGAUGAUUGAUUAUAUUGUGACGUGCGACAUGUAAUUGUAACAUUGGAAACUUGAAGAAUGUUGGUCAGGUCUGUGUGGGGAGAGGCUGUUAAGACAAAUGAUGUGUGUUUGUAUAUACAUGUAAUGCGUAUUAGCACAGGGGCCUCUUUUAUGCAGCAGUUGCAUCAUGUGCCGUCGUAAAAGUCCAUAACAGCAUGUGUUGAAGAGAAUUGUUAGCAUGGUACAUGCACUUGACAUUUGUAAUAUGCGUCAUGCGAGUGGCAUGGUGAG